AUGCAUGGAUCGAAAGUCCUUCCCUUGCACAAGAAAAGCAGACUUCUAAUACGGCAAAGUGAUAAGUUAUUACUUGGUUAUAAAAAACGCGGUUUUGGUGCGUCGAAAUAUAAUGGAUUUGGUGGAAAACAAGAAGAAAAUGAAACGAUAUUGGAAUGUGCACAACGCGAAUUAUUCGAAGAAAGUGGCUUAACAUGUACAGAUUUAAAAGAAGUGGGUAACCUUUUAUUUGAUUUUGAUGAUACACAAACACAAUUACGAGUUACAGUCUUUUCUGGUCAUACAAUCUUUGGUAAUCUAGUCGAAACAGACGAGAUGAAACCACAGUGGUUUGAUAUAAAUGCGCUACCGUAUGAUCAGAUGUGGCAAGAUGAUGUGUUAUGGUAUCCGUACUAUUUAAAACAGAAAAAAUUCGAAGGUAUCUUUCGUUUUAAAGAUGAAGAUGUAAUGUUAACCCAUUUUGUACGUCAAACAGAAUAA